AUGGGCGCCGCAUCCACCGUGGUUGUGAAACUCUCGGCAGUUUGCUUUGGUGUGUUGAUUCUCCUGCAGGUCCAAGUACACGGAGACGUCAGAUCCACCAUCGCUGCCCUGAACAGGAGGAUCGCAGACCUACAGGCGCUACACGAUGAGGACGUCAUACCCGGACAAGCCAAGCAGAAGGGACUGUACUCUAGUGAGGUUAAGGUGAACUUCCAUGGCCCGCCUGAGGUCUCCCUCCUCCGAGACAUGGGUCUGUACGACAACAACGCGUUCGCCACGCUGUGGAUCGUGACGUGUCUGCUGGAGAGUCACACCUACGGCACGGCUCCAGCCCCGGACCCCGGCCGCCUGCAGCUGGCUGUGGACGCCGUCAACACCUUCCACGGUCAGACGGCCAUGGACUUCUGGCCACAGGUGUACAACCAGACGACAGGUGUGUGGGUGCAGUCACCUGAGAACCUGCUGUAUGUCGCGCAGCUAACCGACAACGACAUUCCGUGGAACACCAUCAAGAAAGUCCUUCUGGACCUGGGUCUGGACGACCUGUGGAAUGCCGUUGUGUCAAUGCAGAAUAGGAUGAAAAACAUGGAAGCCGCCUACCGCAUUCCCCCCGACUUCGACGACUCUUUCCUAAACCUGGGUCUCGGCGCCCAGCUGCUCCAGCUGAAGGACAGUUUUCCGCUCGCCUACCGGUCCUGGGCGUCCAACAACACGGACCUCCAGUCCCUUCAGAACCACCUCAAGUCGUACGCCUACCGCCCGCUGUCGGGGGACAACAAUGCCGACACGAUCGACCCCAGAACGUACUACUACAUGCGGCCGUUCUUAGAAAAGGCGGCGAGGGAAGGAGACGAGAUCACCUUGGUAACUACAUGGAUUCAAAAUCUCGCAGAAUCUCGUGAGAUGUUCAUGGCGGGGAAGGGCGUGCUGAUGCCGUAUAACCUGAACAACGUGGACGUGACCGUGGCCGCCAACACGCUGGCCGGCAUCACGGAGGCUCUGCUGGCGGGACUGGUGAACCCCGAGAAGUGGUUUGACCACGACGUGCAGAGAAUCUACCUGAACACGACCGCCAUGAUUUCGUGGGCCGUGACGUCAGAGGCAAUCUUCACCCGUCCUGACCUGGUGAUGACGUACUACCCAUCUCUCUACAACUUCCUGUGGUACUCCUCCCGAACUCUCUUCCUCCUGCAGUCCAACCAGGACAGGCUGCAACACUACCCCGACUGUGUCAGGGAUGUGCAACAGAUUCUUACCACGACAUUCAGGGACCAUGUGACACCUAGACUACUGAACAGUGCCCAGACAGACGGCGGACAGGGUAGCUUCUUCGACGACUUCUUAGGAGACGGAGACACGGACAUCUUUGGAAGACCGAAGAUCCAUGGAGAAGACCGAAUCUUCAGCACAGCACAGGCAGUAAACACACUCCUGGCGACCUGGACAGUGUUCAACAGGACCUCCCAAAGGCUGUCGUGGAUUAACGAAACCCCUGCGGACGUGAAGACCCUGGUGUCUCAGGCCGUGUCUUGGCUGGAGAAGAACACCCUGAGCGGCAGGUACAAGCCGUACAACGCCUUCUUCUCCGGCUCUACCAAAGGGAUGUCCUCAGUGCCUCUCUGGUUCCCGGCCAACUUUCUGCAGUACGUGAACGGCACGGCUCUGUCGCCCACCGCUGACCUUGCGGAUGACGUUGAGUUCAUCGUGGGGGUCUCCGGUGUCAUCGAUCCUGAUGAGUACCAAAAGAUGGUUGUGCAGCCGCAUUUCGGAUUCGUCACGCCGACAAAGUUUGACGGAUUUAACGCUCCGGACAUCGUGUUUCCCUUCUGGUCCUCCGAGCCUUAUACCUACGCCACUGUCAUGCUGGCACUGGCGCAGUACGACAACAUAGCAUGAGAGAGAGAGACAGAGACUGGUUUAUUUGUACCAUACAAGUACAUACUAGACCUGUAAGCAGCCAUCAUUGGCUGAAUUGAAAAGGCUUCGAAUACAAGAUGCGCUUAUGGCCUUUGGUCUUAAAAGCGUCUGUGUUUCAAAAUAACGUAAAUGAUCAUGCUGCCAUGCACUGCCGAGGUGUCAGAAACUCCACCACAUUCUCUACAUAGUCUUUCGUAGUGGAGGUUUAAUAGUAACUAAAAUUGUUGCACAUCUUGCCAUACGCAUCAUACGCAGCUGUUGAGCAAUAAAGGUAUCAUCAUAUCCCUA